AUGGCGCCAAACCUCUCAGGCUCCUGCCUGUCAGCUUCCCAGGGGCUUCAGGGCAUCACUUGGUGCUCAGAAUGGGUGCCCUGUGGUGCUAAAAAGAGAAGAAGAAUUCAUUUUCACAGCAGCAAGCAGUGCCUGGGCAGCCGUGGAGUAGCAGGGCAGGGGGCCCUCCCCCCGGGUUGGAGGAGACGGGCCCUGCAGGUCACUGCUCUCCCAGGUCCUGGUGGCCACACUCAGCUUCCACCUCCAGCUCAUCUGUGGCUGAGGGUGCCAGGGCUGUCCCUGAAAGGGGACGCUUACCAGCGCUCAGACGAGCCCAAGAAGGUCCCGGAAUGUCUGCUGCCCAGGCCCUUCCGAAUGCUGGACCCCAGGAUGGAUACUGGAGACUUCAGAGGUGGAUCCCCAGCUGGUGUCUCCCUGCACUCCUUUCUGCCACAACAGCUGGCCUUUAGAGAUGACCGAACACCGAACCUCACAACUCACCAAGGUUCCUUGGAGGAGGAGGAUGGGGCAGUCUACCUGCCCACCCAAAGGAGGUGCUGGAGCCAGUGCCAUGUGUGGAAGCGCCGCUGGACUCGAGCCUGGAGGGUACCUACGAGGUGGCCUGCCUAGCCCUCCUUCUUCAGGUGCAGAAACUGGGCCAAAGCGGUGAUGUGACUAUCCAAGGUCACAUGGACAGAACUGACCCCAGGGCCAGUCUAAUGUUUGAGGCCAAUACCCACUCUCAUUCACUCUGUUGUUCUGUCUCAUCUUUUAAGUGUAAACCAUUG